CCUUCGGUGCGCAAGUUCCAGGCGAAAUUAGAUUGCUAAGCCUUCAGCAAGAAAUACAGCUGCUACUUUCCCUUCAAAGACGCCCAAAUAUAAAAUCGGAAAUCAAGGAAAUUUAUGGCUCAAGAAUCCAUAACACUUCUACAAAAAGUGUAACAACGAAUGGUUUGAGUUAUUAGUUCAUAAGAUGGCCGAUCCAGCCGAUACAAAUUCAAAACUCCCAAGUUGUGAUGCUUAUUUUGAUGCCAUCCAAGCAAGGAAACGGUUGCCAAUUUCCUUACAGGAAUCUCUGACAUCUGCAUUUGCACAGAUUCCUGUUUCAUCUUUCCCGGAAGUUCCAGGUGGCAAAGUAAUUGAGAUUUUGUCAGACACAUCCAUUAUUGAAGCUGUUCGAAUCUUAUCUGAACACGAUAUAUUGGCUGUCCCUGUAAGGAAUUCAGAGACAACUGGUAUUGACUGGAGAGAACGGUACCUAGGGAUAAUCGAUUAUUCUGCUAUCAUUCUCUGGGUGUUGGAGAAUGCAGAGCUUGCUGCUGUUGCUCUGCCUGUAGGAUCAGCGACAGUUGCUGGAGUGGGGGUAGGGACAAUUGGUGCUCUUGGAGCAGCAGCAACUGGCUUAACUGCUGUUGCUGCAGGUGCAGCCUUGGCUGGUGGAGUGGCUACACAGCAAUCUGUUGCGAAAGAUGCUUCUGUUGCUGUCGAUUAUUUGGGCAAGGAUUUCUACAAGCUUCUUCUUCAAGAAGAACCCUUCAAGUCGACAAUGGUGAAGUCGGUUGUUCAGUCCUAUCGUUGGGUGCCCUUUCUCCCUGUUGCACCGGACAGCCCCAUGCUUACUGUAUUGCUGUUGCUUUCAAAAUAUAGGUUGAGAAAUGUCCCGGUAGUUGAACUAGGGAAGCCCUACAUCAAGAAUUUCAUCACCCAAUCAGCUAUCGUGCAAGGUCUCAAACAGUGUGAAGGAAGAGACUGGUUUGAUUGUAUUGCUGCAUGCUCUCUUUCGGAUCUUGGGCUACCCUUCAUGUCAUAUGACAAGGUUAUUAGCAUCAAAGGAGAUGAGUUAAUUCUUGAGGCCUUCAAACGGAUGAGAGACAACCGAAUCGGUGGGCUCCCUGUUUUAGAGGGACCUAGUAGACGGAUCAUCGGAGCAGUAAGCAUCCGAGACAUCAGAUUCUUGUUGCUUAGGCCUGCACUUUUUUCUACUUUGAGGCAUCUGACAGUGAUGGACUUCAUCAAUACUAAAAGCUCAUUGUGCGCAGAGGAGGGCGUAUCUGUAGCAUCACCAGUUACAUGUGCACCCAAUUCGCCCCUCGGGAGCGUUAUAGACAGCCUCGCAUCCAAACGUGUUCAUCGAAUCUAUGUAGUCCAAGGAGAUGAAUGUGAAGUCGUUGGGGUCGUAACACUCAGGGAUGUGAUUUCUUGCUUUAUCUAUGAGCCUCCUGGUUAUUUUGACAACUAUUUUGGCGGUUCCAUGAAGGAGAUCCUGAGCCAGUGAUUUUGGUCAAGGUUGUAAAUUGUGACUGUAGUUGAUAUCAAGUUAGCACCAAGUUUUAUUAGGUGAAUGGCUCAAAAUUUUACCUUCAUGUGUCACUUCCAUGUGCUUAACAUGUGUUUAAGUACAGAAAUUGAGAAGUAGUGUCUUUGUGCCUUAUUUACUGACUUCAGUAUAGUUGCUUUGAGCACUGUUUCUUCA